AAUUACCUAUAUUUAAAAUUGUGGUUUCAUUAGGAAUAGCUUUUGGAUAAAAAAAAUAAAAUUGCGGAAUUAAAGAACAUGUCUUCACCGGCGCCAAAAUCUCCAGAACAAUCAGAUAAAAAUAAAAAAUAUGAUCGCCAAAUUCGCUUAUGGGGUGAACAUGGCCAGAGCCUUUUAGAGACAGCCAAAAUAUGUCUAGUUAACGCAACUGGUUUAGGUUGUGAGGUACUUAAAGGUUUAGUACUUCCCGGUAUAGGAAGCUUUACCAUUGUCGAUGGCAGUAUGGUAACAGAAGAAGAUUUGGGAAUAAACUUUUUCGUGGAGGCCAGCAAUGUGGGACAAUCUCGUGCCGCCUCGUGCAUGCAACUGUUACAGGAACUAAAUACUGAUGUUAAUGGUGAUUGCGUGGAGGAGAGUGUUGAUUAUAUAUUAACGAAUCGUCCAGCUUUCUUUGAUAAUUUUGAUGUGGUGAUUGCUUCAAAUCUAAAUGAAAGUUCGCUUUUACAACUUGCCAGCUGUUUGUGGGAAACUAACGUACCUUUAGUGUACUGUCGUUCAUUAGGAUUUUUUGGUUCGAUUCGCCUGCAAAUUAAAGAACACUGUGUCAUAGAGUCUCAUCCAGACAAUACCCAAUACGAUUUGAGAUUGGAACACCCAUUUCCUGCACUACGGACACAUUUUGAGACAACUAAUAUAACCAAUAAAGUUCCCUGGCUGUUGGUUCUUAAUAAAUAUUUGCAAAAAUGGCAAUUGGAAAACAGUGGGCGAGCACCUUCAAAUUACAAAGAAAAAUGCCAGUUGCGCGAUAUUAUUAGAAAAGAUAUGACUCAUGACGAAGAAAAUUUUGAAGAAGCUAUAAAAGCAGUAAACACUGCAUUCACUGGAGGUUCAAUCCCAUCAAAUCUGAAAAACAUAUUUGAAGAUGAAGCUUGUCGAAAUCUUAACAAACAGAGCAAACCCUUUUGGAUAAUGGCUAAGGGCUUAAAAGAAUUUAUCGAGAAAGACAAUAAUGGUAUAUUGCCAUUACCAGGAGUUUUGCCAGAUAUGACCGCCGACACAGAAUCCUAUAUAAAUCUUCAAAACAUCUAUCGCCAACAGGCUAUGCAAGAUGCCGACAAUGUUUAUCGCAGAUGUCAGGCAAUUGUUCGGGAAUUGGGACUACCAUUAGAUACAAUUUCCGAGAAAACUGUGCGUUUAUUUUGCAAGGAGUCUGGUGGUCUGACCGUAAUACGGGGCUCUAAAAUUUCAGACGAGUAUGAGAAGAAUAACCGAGUUCUAAGCGUAAUUGAUGAUAUUGAUGUUCAGGGUACUCUCACCGAACACUAUAUUGCUCUGAGAGCAUAUGAACGAUUCCUAACCGAAUGUGGUAAUAUUCCUGGUGACUGUUAUGUUGAAAAUGAUACGGCCCGUUUUAAAAGCGUGGCCUGUAAGAUGCUGGCUGAAUGGGGUGUUACACAAGCCACUUUAUCGGACGAUAUGGUUCAUGAAGUUUGUCAUUAUGGUGGCGGCGAGGUUCACACUAUAUCGGCAUUUAUUGCUGGCUGUGCUGCACAGGAAGUUGUGAAAAUCUUAACAAAUCAAUUUAAGCCCGUUGACAAUACCUUUAUUUACAAUGGCAUAACAUCGGAAACAAUUACCUUAAAAUUAUAAAAAUGUUUAAUAAUAAAUAAAAUAUAUCUGUGUAUGUAUUUGGUUUUAUAGUAAAAUUAAAAAUUUUAAAUUUAACAAAAAAAAAA